AUCUAAUCAGUAUGCAAUUCCUCUGUACAAUUAUCUGCGUUAUCGCUAUUUUGGGACUUGCCCAAGCAGCUCUCCGACCAGCAGCACCAGUACUAGCAAAACUUGAAGAUGACCCCAACCCUUCAUACUCUUAUGCAUAUGACGUCCAGGACGCAACAACCGGAGAUUCUAAAAACCACUUAGAAAACAGAAACGGCAAUGUUGUAACAGGCCAAUACAGUCUCAAUGAUCCUGACGGUACCAGAAGAACAGUACAGUACACCGCUGAUCCAAUCAACGGAUUCGUAGCAGUCGUUAAAAAAGAACCUUUGGUACAAGCCCAACUCGUAACAGUACCACAACAGCAAGCGGUGUUUCAACAGCAACAACAACCUGUUGCUGCCCCACAAGAAGCAUAUUCUCUAGUUCAACAACCAUUUUCGCUAGUCCAAGAACGUUUUUAUGUAGCUCAACCAGUUGUACAACAACAAGCGUAUGUAGCUCAACAACCUGCUCGUUAUGUCCAACAACAGCCAGCCUUCGUAGCGCAACAACCUGCCCGUUUCGUUCAACAACAACAAGCCUUCGUAGCACAACAACCUGCCCGUUUGAUUCAACAACAACAACAACAACCCUCUCGUGAUGCCCAAAGACGUAUGUCUCAACGUCAAACUGCACCCGAAGAAGCAGAAAGUACCACAGUAAACUCAGAAUCUGAAGACAUUGAGCCCACUACCACUGAACCAACACCUGAAAGCGGUUACUACUACCCCAAACCCGCAAGUCCAGCAGCUCUAUUCUCUAGGAGAGAACCUCUAACAGCUAAUAAAGCUUCUGCUCCUAAAGCGCAACCUGAAAAGUUGGAAUUGUUCCCAGAAGAGCCAUUAGCUGAACGUGUCAAUCCAGUUGCUGCACCAAGAACCGUCCAGCCCGUGGUAGCUGCAGAACCUGUAGCAACUCAAUUUGUGAGCUCCAGAUAUGUUCAAGCUCCUGUAUUAGCUUUCUCUUCUCCGUAUACUUUCAGUACCCUAACAGUAUUUUAAAAUCGAUAUGUAAUUUAUUUAUUUGUAUGUAAUAAAGG